CCUUACGCAGCGCGCAGCGCACAGCGCACGCGACAUCCAGAAGCUUCCUUCUUCCUCUUCCGCCUCCGGCCGCCACCGCCCGACGCCACGCCUCCAUAUAUCUACCCUUCCUUCCGACGCCGGGAAGAGGAAUUCAGAAGGCGUAUUCGGGCGGAUCAAGGAAUCGGGGAUGGAUUUCGAGCUUCGGAGCGCGCGGGAGAAGCUGGAGCGUGAGCAGCGGGAGCGGAUGCAGCGCGCAAAGGCCAAGGCCGACCGCGAGCGCCGAGCCAAGGCCGAGGCCGCGCGUCGCCGCGACGCGCUCGAGGCCUCCAACAGGGAGCGCCGCCUCGACGCCGCCCGCGCACAGGAAGAGGCUGACCAGAAAAUACAAGAGGCGAUGCAGCUGGGAAAAGGGAUCUCGUUUUCACACAUGUUUGAAGCCCUGCGAUAUGAUGGUCCUGGGGAUAAGAUCAAGCUACCACCGUCUUCCUUCAAGGUGCUGUCCGACGAAGGAGCGCUGGAUAAAGGCCCCAUGUACUUCAGGCUGUCCAAGGUUAGGGACACAGUUCAAGGUGCCUCUCAGAAUCAAGACACCGAAGAGGCAACCUGCUGUGGCGUUCUGGAAUUCACCGCAAGGGAAGGCUCUGCGGAACUCCCACCACAUGUUUGGAAUAAUCUAUUCCAUAGUGACACCCCAGACGUUCCUUUGAUAGAGGUGAGAUAUGCCAGCUUGCCCAAAGGGACAUACGCGAAACUGAAGCCAGAAGGAGUGGGGUUCUCAGAUCUCCCGAACCAUAGAGCUGUCCUUGAGACGGCACUACGCAAUCACGCAACGCUGUCUGAAAAUGAUGUUGUCGUGGUGAAUUAUGGACAACUGCAAUACAAGUUGAAGGUUCUUGAGUUGAAGCCUGCAUCAAGUGUUUCUGUGCUGGAGACGGAUGUUGAGGUUGACAUUGAGGGGCCAGAUUCUGUUUUGGACAAUGGAGAGAAUCAACACGUGCUUGUGCCACUGCAGACUGGCAAGGUUGAAUCUGGACUUGUGGAAGAAGGAAAGUUUCGGUACUACAAAUUUUCUGUUGAAGAAAUUAUUGGUGAGAAAGUAGCUUCUGGCCUUGCAAACAUUGAGGUUAAGAUAGAGGCUGAUACAAGCAGUGGUGACACUGAUAUUUAUGUUUCAAGACAUCCUUUAGUAUUCCCUACCCAGCACCGUCAUGAGUGGUCUUCCCAUGAAAUGGGUUCCAAGGUUCUUAUACUCAAACCAAGGGAUGCUACUUUGGUCGCUGGAAUUUACAGCAUUGGAGUCUAUGGCUUCAAGGGCACAACGAAGUUCCAACUUUCUGUAGCUAUCAAUGAUGUUAUUAACAGCCAAAGGAUUGGUGAGCAGGCUAGUGUGUCAUCUACCGCCAGUGGUGAGUCAGUGGUCUGUAAGAACUGCAAACGCCAUAUAUCUGCCCGAACCUCAGUACUUCAUGAGGCCUACUGCGUGAGGCACAAUGUUGCUUGCAUGCAUGAUGGGUGUGGAAUUAUCCUUCGAAAGGAAGAAGCAGCAGAUCAUGUGCACUGUAGUAAGUGUGGGCAAGCUUUCCAGCAGAGAGAAAUGGAGAAGCACAUGAAAGUUUUCCAUGAGCCGCUGCACUGUGCCUGCGGGGUAAUUCUAGAAAAGGAAGAAAUGGUCCAACACCAAUCCUCAACCUGCCCCUUUCGCUUGAUAGUGUGUCGGUUCUGUGGCGACACGGUUCAAGCUGGUGGACAACCGCUUGAUGUUCGUGAUCGGCUUCGGAAUAUGUGUGAGCAUGAAAGUAUCUGUGGAUCCAGGACUGCACCGUGCGACUCCUGUGGGAGGUCGGUCAUGCUGAAGGAAAUGGACAUUCAUGCAAUUGCUGUCCAUCAGAAGAGCUGAUUUCUUAUAAUCCAACAGACUGUGCAUGUGCAUGCGUACUGCAAAUAUGUUUGUCAAUUCGUGAAACUUCCCAUUGUUUAUUAAUCGAUGUAAAACAGUGGUAUUGGUGUUCAUUAUUUGUCUGUAUCUUCUUUCUGUA